AUGCUGCCCUGCUACGCCCGCGCCCUGAAUCAGACCAUCGAGCGCUUCCGCGCCACCAUCGCCGCCAUCUUCUCCGGACACCGCCAUCUGGAUCUCUUCCAGGUGUACUACCGUUACCUUAGCCCCAAUAACGCCUCAAACUGCAGCAGCAAUGCCAGCCGCGGGGCCGUAGCCAUCAAAUACAACAUCACCCCCAGCCUCACCUCCGAGCGCGGCCGUCCGGCCUUCCGGCUCUACGUCGUCGAUCCCGCUACCUGGGAGGUCGUGGAUCAUACGGUCUACGUGACUGCGAACCCUAGGGGGCAGGGGCUGCCUCCCCAAGGCGGAGCAAAGCUGACAUGGAAGAAGUACUACUCGGCGCGCGAGGCCUACGGUACCGACACGGAGGAGGACGGGCUCUCCCCGGCGUUCUGGGAUGAGCUGACGGUGCGCAUGGCCGGGAAUGAGACGCUGUUCGAGGAGUGGUGGGCGCGACGCACGCGCUGCAGCUGGGUGAAGCCGUGUCACGGGGUAUGUGUCGGAGGCGGGAAAUCUGCUACAUGA